UUAUAUGUCAACAGAAGGCAUCAGGAGACAGGAAGCUACUAGUCACUAGCUAGCUAGUUGGCUUUGCUAACGUUACUGUUUGCUGACUCGGGUACAUUCUGAAUUCGACAUAUAGUGGGAAAUGUUACUUAUGUAGCUAAGCCAAGACUAAGCACUUUAUUUUUUUCAGUUGGUCUGAAACGCUCAGCCAGUUAGCUUACUUGAGUUGCCUUGCUAGUUAGCGUCAGCUGGCUUGAUUGCAGCAGCCUCAAAUCAUGAUGAGUCCGACCCAAUGGGACCUGCCCCCGGAGCUGUGCUGCCGGCCCAUGGCCUUUGUGGCCCUGACCGGGCUGGAUGUAACUUACAACGCCAUCCAUAGGGCAAUCUGGGAUGCCUUCUGUGCCAACAGGAGGGCCGACAGGGUGCCCAUCUCAUUCAAGGUCCUUCCAGGAGACCAUGAAUACCCAAAGUGUAGGACCAAAAGAACCUCCUAUGAGUGGUACAUCCCCAAAGGGAUCUUGAAGACAGGAUGGAUGAACAAGCACCUGAACCUGGUGCCUGCCUUGCUGGUACUGUUCUAUGAGCUGGACUGGGAUGAUGCAGUCUGGAAGGAGAAGCAGUCAGAGUGUGCCACUAAAGUAGAGAUUGUCAGAACAAGCCUUCAAGGAAGAAACACCAAGGUUGCAGUUGUCUUAAUUCAGAAGAAAACCCCUCUUCCUCCAGGUGAGGACCUGGUGGCUUCAGAGAGGGCUGCUUCCCUGUGCAAUGCCUGUGACCUGUCUGGGAAGUCUCUCUUCGUCCUCCCUCACACUGAUCACCUGGUGGGCUACAUCAUCAGGCUGGAAAAUGCGUUCUAUGAGCAUGCACAGACCUACUACUACACAGAGAUUAGGAGGGUCAAAUCCCACAAAGAGUUCCUCAACAAAACAACCCAUCAGUUGCUGUUUGUGAGACACCAGUUUAAGAUUGCAUUCUUCAGUGAGCUCAAGCAAGACACACAGAAUUCACUAAAGUACUACAGGACUGCCUACAGCCUUGUACAUGAGCUGAGAACCCACGAGACCAACAUGCUGGAGAUAAAGGCCAUGGCUGGAUUCAUAAACUACAAGAUCUGUCGACUAUGCUUCCAACACAACACACCUUUGGAUGCCAUUGCUCAGUUCAGGAAGCAUAUUGAUCUGUGCAAGAAGAAGAUUGGCAGUGCAGAGCUGGCAUUUGAGCACACAGCCUGGAUGUCCAAGCAGUUCCAGUCUUUUGGUGACCUGUUUGAUGAGGCGAUCAAGCUGGGUCUGACGGCCAUCCAGACUCAGAACCCUGGCUUCUACUACCAGCAGGCUGCAUACUAUGCCCAGGAACGAAAGCAGCAAGCAACUCACCUGUGUGCCCAUGAGGCCAGUGUGAGUUCCCCCUCCCCAGACCACCUAGAGACAUCCAGCGGAGCUCUGGACUUCUAUGGGCAGAGAGCCUGGAGGCAAGGCCACCAGAGUAUUGAUCCCCCACACAUGGAGAAGGAGAAAGGAGGGAUCCUGGCACUGCAAAUGAAGGAGAAGGAUGUUCCCCACUCCGAGCUGAUCAUUGCUCUGCUCAGCAACGCUGUAGCUCAGUUCAAGAAAUACAAGUGUCCUCGGAUGAAGAGCCACCUGAUGGUGCAGAUGGGAGAGGAGUACAACCAUGCCAAGGACUACACCAAAGCACUAAAACUGCUGGACUAUGUGAUGUGUGACUACCGUACAGAGCGCUGGUGGAGCCUGCUCACCUCCAUCCUGAGCACAGCGCUACGGUGCUCCUACCUGAUGGCCCACGUCAAGGACUACAUCACCUACUCCAUGGAGCUGGUCGGACGAGCUUCUACUCUACGGGAGGAGCAGAAAUCCAGGAUUGAGAAGAAUCUCAUCAAGGUCCUGAUGAACGAGGUCCCAGAAGCAGAGCCAGAUUGUGACCAGGCCUCAGCCAAGGCUGCCCAGGCCCUGUGGAGUGACCGCAUGUCUCUGGCUGGCAGCAACGUGUUCACCAUCGAGGUGCAGGACUACGUGCCCUUUGUCCAGUGCAAGGCCAAGUUCCUGUCCCCUAGUUUCCACGUGGAUGACCCGGUCCAGCUGCAUGUCUACCUGAGGGCUGACUGCCCUCACCCUGUCCGCUUCUCUAAGCUAUGUGUCAGCCUCAGCAACCAGGAGUAUAACCAGUUGUGUGUGGUAGAGGAGCCGUGUAAGUCUCAGGAUAUCCUAGAGGCCUCCAGUCAAGAGAACAUGUGCCUGGUCCCUGGCAAGACACGCAUAUACAGCUUCAAGUUUGUGGCUAAAACUGAGGACGUGGGGAAGAAGAUAGAGAUCACAGCGGUGGACCUGAUGCUGGGCAGUGAUAAUGGCCGCUGCGUCUUCCUCAACUGGCGAGGCGGGGGAGGAGACGCUGCUUCGUCCCAGGAAGCUCUACUGGCGGCCAGGUCCUUUAAGAGCAGGGGUCGUGUCCCAGAGCAGCAUGUGGAAUGGGACAACGUAUCCAUCCAGGCCAACACCAUGAUAAUCUCCCGCAUUCCCAAGAUCUCAGUUCAGCUGAGUCACGAGCCCCCUGCUCUGAACAACGAGAUGUACCGCAUCACUGUCUCCAUCCAGUCCAACGAGGAGACCGUGACCAAAGACGUCAAACUCACUGCCGGACUCAAACCAGGUCAGGAUGCAAACCUCACACAGUCCACCCAUGUGACCCUGAACGGUUUGGAGAUGUGUGACGAGUCCCAUCCUGCACUGCUUCCAGACAUUGCCAUUGGAGACCUCCAGCCGGGAGAAAAGGUUGAGAAGUGUCUGUAUGUUCGCUGUGUCACCACUGGCACCAGAAUCUUCCUGUUCCAUGUAGCCUAUGCCUUGAGCACCAAGGUGGAGGGCAAAGACAUCACCUGCAAGUGUCACAAAGAUGAAACCGUUACCAUAGAAACCAUUGUUCCAUUUGAAGUUGCUGUGAAGUUUGUAUCCACAAAGUUUGAGCACUUGGAUAGGGUGUAUGUGGACAUCCCCUUUCUGCUGAUGACGGACAUCCUGAGUGCGUCCCCCUGGCCUCUACACCUGGUUACCAGCCAGCUGCAGCUGGCCCCCACCAUGGCUGCCAUGGACCAGCCCCAGUCCCAGGUGGAGCAGGUGAUGCUGCAGACAGGUGAAUGUGCCAGCGAGUGUUUCAGCCUCCAGUGUCCCCCUGUGCUCAACGGGACGAGCAGUGUGGCGUCUGGACAGUACCUCAUCUCCUGGAAGAGGAAAUCUUCUUGUGCAGAUGCACCUGUUGUGACGACAGUUGUCACCCUCCCCCAUGUGAUGGUGGAGACCAUUCCUCUAUAUGUUCAUGCAGAGCUGCCGUCGUUUGGAAGGGUGCGGGAGUCUAUGCCAGUGAGGUACCACAUCCAGAACCGGACGGGGCUGGUCCAGGACGUGGAGAUGUCUGUGGAACCCAGCGAUGCCUUCAUGUUCUCUGGCCUCAAGCAGGUGCGUCUGAGGAUCCUGCCUGGAGCGGAGCAGGAGAUGUUGUAUAACUUCUACCCUCUGAUGGCAGGGUACCAGAGCCUUCCCCAGCUCAACAUCAGCCUGCUGCGCUUCCCUGCCGUGUCCGGACAGCUGCUCCGACGCUUCCUCCCCUCACGCAUCUUUGUCAAGCCCCAGGGCCGACAAGCAGACGAUGCCUCCAUUGCAGCGGCUUGAAAUCCAUAACACCACCCCACUACUGAGUGAAUACUAAUUUAA